AUGGCGGGCGCCGGCGCGCUCGAGGCGGUGCCGGAGAUCCGGAAGCUGGACGAGGAGGUCGUUAGCAGGAUCACGGCCGGUGAGGUCGUGCAGCGGCCGGUGUCGGCGCUGAAGGAGCUGAUGGAGAACAGCCUGGACGCGGGCGCCACGAGCAUCACCGUGACGGUCAAGGAGGGCGGCGUCAAGCUGCUGCAGAUCCAGGACAACGGGCACGGCAUCCGCGAGGCGGACCUGCCCAUUCUGUGCGAGCGGCACACCACGAGCAAGCUGCGCACGUUCGAGGACCUUCAGAGCAUCUCGACGCUCGGGUUCAGGGGCGAGGCGCUCUCCAGCAUCAGCUUCGUCAGCCACCUGUCGAUCACGACGUGCACCAAGGGCGCCGCGCACGGCCUGCGCACGUGCUACCGGGACGGCGCCAUCAGCGAGGGGCCCAGCGUGUGCGCGGCCAUGCAGGGCACCACCGUGUGCGCGGAGGACCUGUUCUACAACGUGCCCACGCGCCUCCGCGCCCUGGGCUCCGCCGCGGACGAGUACGCCCGCAUCCUGGACAUCACCAGCCGCUACGCCGUGUUCAAGCCGUCCGUGUCCUUCACGUGCAAACGGCAGGGCAGCGCGCGGUCCGACAUCCACACCCUCCCCGGGUCGACGCGCGAGGCGAACAUCCGACUGAUCUACGGCGGCGCGGUCGCCAAGGACCUCAUCGCGUUCGACGCGAGCAGCUCCCCGGACGGCCCCAGCGCAGGUCCCCUCGACGACGCGGGCGCGUCGUUCGCGGCGGAGGGUCUGAUGUCGGGCGUGAACUACACGCGCAAGAAGACGGUGCUGAUCCUGUUCAUCAACGGACGCCCCGUGGAGUGCUCGCCGCUGAAGCGCGCCAUCGAGGGCAUGUACCAGACCAUCCUCCCGAAGGGCUCCCGGCCGUUCGUGUUCCUGUCGCUCGAGGUGCCCCCGCAGCACGUGGACGUCAACGUGCACCCCACGAAACGCGAAGUGGCCCUCCUGGGGCAGGACGCGCUGGUGGAGGAGAUCGUUGCGGUGAUGGAGGCCAAGCUGCUGGCGGCGAACACGUCCAGGGCGAUCGACUCGUCCGCGCAGGUGCCGCUCAAGCAGAGCGCCGCCACGCAGCCGGACAAGCGCGGGCGGGCGGAGGGGGCGGACAAGGCAAAGGCGCCUGCGCCCGGGCCCAAGUACGAGCCGCACAAACUGGUGCGCACGGACGCCCGGGCGCAGACGCUGGAGGCCUUCAUCCAGACGCCCUCCAGCGCCGCCGUCGAAGCGGCGGCCGGAGCCAGCCGCGUCAAGCGCCGCCGCGGCGCGGCAGGGGCCGUCAUCGCGGACGAGCGCGCCGCUGGGGACGUGGCGCGCGAGGAGGCGGGCGGGGCGCAGGAGCAGCGGCAGGUGCUGGGCGAGAUUCGGUCGGCCGUGCGGCAGCGCAGGACCGCGGGCGGCGCCACGAACCUGGCGAGCGUGCAGGACCUGCUGCAGGAGGCGGAGGCGCGCAAGCACGCGGGGCUGGCGGAGAUCGUGCGCGAGAACACGUUCGUCGGGCUCGUGGAGCCGUCGCUGGCGCUGCUGCAGCACAAGACGAAGCUCCUGCUCGUGGACAUGGCGGCCUUGACCAAGGACAUGUUCUACCAGCAGGUGCUGCGGCGGUGGGAGCACUUCGGGAGGAUCCGGCUCAGGGAGCCCGCGAACAUCGAAGAGGCGGUGCACAUGGCACUCGAGUACGAAGAAGCGGCAGGCCGGUGGCACGAGGAGGGCGAGGCGACCAAGGCGACCAUUUCCAGGUUGGCGCGCGACGUGUUGGUGGAGCGCCGCGAGAUGCUCGAGGAGUACCUGGCCAUGGACAUCGACGCCGACGGCAAUCUGCGGACCCUCCCGCUCCUGAUCGAGCAGUACACGCCGGAGAUGUCGCGCCUGCCUCUCCUGCUGCUCAAGCUCGCGACGGAGGUGGACUGGUCAGAGGAGAAGGAGUGUUUCCGGUCGCUGGCGACGGUCCUGGCCGGGUUCUACGCGGUGCGGGAGCCCCUGGUCGCUCCGCAGGGCGCGCAGGACUGGCGCGACUCGGGCCGCGAGUGGGAGGUGCAGCACAUCGUGCUCCCGGCCAUGCGCCUCUUCCUCACGCCGGGGCGCGAGCGCUCCAAGGACAGCUCCGUCAUCGAGGUCGCGGCCCUCGAGAGGCUCUACAGGGUGUUCGAGAGGUGCUGA